GCUCCAGGGCGGGGGAUGUUGUGAUGGAGAAGCCGCCGCGGAGCCGGAGCCCCGCAGCCUGAGCCACCUCCGCCACCUGGGCCUGGGGCCUCCCCGCGCAGGAUCUGCCAAGGCCAUGUCUGUUCCAUCGUCACUGAGCCAGUCGGCCAUUAAUGCCAACAGCCACGGAGGCCCCGCCCUGAGCCUACCCCUGCCCCUGCACGCUGCCCACAACCAGCUGCUCAACUCCAAGUUGCAGGCCACGGCUGUGGGACCCAAGGACCUGCGCAGUGCCAUGGGGGAGGGUGGUGGGCCUGAGCCAGGCCCUGCCAAUGCCAAGUGGCUAAAAGAGGGCCAGAACCAGCUCCGGCGGGCUGCCACGGCCCAUCGUGACCAGAACCGCAACGUGACCUUGACCCUGGCAGAGGAGGCCAGUCAGGAGCCUGAGAUGGCACCCUUGGGCCCCAAAGGCCUGAUGCACCUGUACUCAGAGCUGGAGCUCUCCGCCCACAAUGCAGCCAACAGAGGGCUCCGAGGAUCUGGUCUGAUCAUCAGCACCCAAGAGCAGGGGCCAGAUGAAGGAGAGGAGAAGGCAGCAGGGGAGGCCGAGGAGGAUGAUGAGGAAGAGGAUGAGGAGGAGGAGGAGGAGGACUUGUCUUCUCCCCAAGGGCUGCCCGAGCCCCCGGAGAGUGCGGAGAUGCCCCCCAGACCCCAGGCCCUUGCCGACGGUCCCCGAGAGCACAGCAAGAGUGCCAGCCUCCUGUUUGGCAUGCGGAACAGUGCAGCCAGUGAUGAGGACUCAAGCUGGGCUACCUUAUCCCAGGGCAGCCCCUCCUAUGGCUCCCCGGAGGACACAGUCAGGAUUCCUGGUUUCCUUGGUAACGGGAAGCACGUCAGCAGUCUGGGCGCUCCCAGCCAUCCUGGUGCUGCGGUUGCCGAGGAGACGCUGCAGCCUAGCUGGGCCCUGGCAGAUUCCUUCUGGAACCCCAACGCCUUCGAGACGGAUUCCGACCUGCCGGCUGGAUGGAUGAGGGUCCAGGAUACCUCAGGGACCUACUACUGGCACAUCCCAACAGGGACCACCCAGUGGGAGCCCCCGGGCCGGGCCUCUCCUUCACAGGGGAACAGCCCCCAAGAGGAGUCUCAGCUCACUUGGACAGGCUUUGCCCAUGGAGAAGGCUUUGAGGAUGGAGAAUUUUGGAAGGAUGAACCCAGUGAGGAGGCCCCUAUGGAUUUGGGGCUGAAGGACCCUGAGGAGGGGACAUUGUCCUUCCCAGCUCAGAGCCUCAGCCCAGAGCCAUUACCCCAGGAGGAGGAGAAGCUGCCUCCACGGAAUGCCAACCCAGGGAUCAAGUGUUUCGCCGUGCGCUCCCUAGGCUGGGUGGAGAUGACCGAGGAGGAGCUGGCCCCUGGACGCAGCAGUGUGGCAGUCAACAACUGCAUCCGUCAGCUUUCCUACCACAAAAACAAUCUGCACGACCCCAUGUCUGGGGGCUGGGGGGAGGGAAAGGACCUACUGCUACAGCUGGAGGACGAGACACUAAAGCUGGUGGAGCCACAGACUCAGGCCCUGCUGCAUGCCCAGCCCAUUGUCAGCAUUCGCGUGUGGGGCGUCGGGCGGGACAGUGGAAGAGAGAGGGACUUUGCCUACGUAGCUCGUGAUAAACUGACCCAGAUGCUCAAGUGCCACGUGUUUCGCUGUGAGGCACCUGCCAAGAACAUCGCCACCAGCCUGCAUGAGAUCUGCUCUAAGAUCAUGGCCGAACGGCGUAAUGCCCGCUGUUUGGUAAAUGGACUCUCCCUGGACCACUCUAAACUUGUGGACGUCCCUUUCCAAGUGGAAUUCCCAGCACCCAAGAAUGAGUUGGUACAAAAGUUCCAAGUCUAUUACCUGGGGAACGUGCCUGUUGCUAAACCUGUUGGGGUAGAUGUGAUAAAUGGGGCCCUGGAGUCAGUCCUGUCCUCUAGUAGCCGUGAGCAGUGGACCCCAAGUCACGUCAGUGUGGCCCCUGCUACCCUUACCAUCUUGCAUCAGCAGACGGAAGCAGUGCUGGGGGAAUGUCGGGUGCGUUUCCUCUCCUUCCUGGCUGUGGGCAGAGAUGUCCACACAUUUGCAUUCAUCAUGGCUGCCGGCCCAGCCUCCUUCUGUUGCCACAUGUUCUGGUGCGAGCCUAAUGCUGCCAGCCUCUCAGAGGCUGUGCAGGCUGCCUGCAUGCUCCGCUACCAGAAGUGUCUGGAUGCACGCUCCCAGGCCUCCACCUCCUGCCUCCCGGCACCCCCUGCAGAGUCCGUUGCCCGCCGUGUAGGGUGGACUGUCCGCAGGGGCGUUCAGUCGCUGUGGGGUUCCCUCAAGCCCAAACGCCUGGGGGCCCAUACCCCCUGAAGUCCUCAGUCCUCCCUCCACCUGCUUGCAUUGGGCCCCAGGGAACUCAAGGGUAUGGGGCAGGGAGGGGCCCUAGAGGCUAUUGUUAGGCCUCAGGCCCCCUCAAAGCUGCCCCUCCCUAGUAGCUGGGAUUCCCUGCCUAGGGGCUGGGGAGAGAGAGACCUAAUCCCUUCGGGGAAAUGACAAUAUCGGAUCGAUAAGAGGAGCAAGAAGCAAGGCCAGCCCCAGGCUCUCCACCCCCAUGUUUCAGGUGGAGCAGGAGGAACUGGUCUAGGCCAGGCCCUAUCUUGGUAGGGUCUGGCAGGGGCAGAAGGGGGACUGGUCCAGGCAUGGGUCCCCUCCCCACUGUUCCAUGGGCACCUCUGCUGUACUGAUAUCACUAAUAAAGUCUGUCUGCCCUGCUAA